AUGUGGAACGACGAAGACAAUAAUCCGUAUGGUGCGUUUGAUCGCCCAGACUCGCACCUUGCAGAAUCGCUGCACUCGGGCGCAACUUCGCCUCCCCCAUACGACCGCGAUACGUCGCCUGCUUCACGAGCCUCAACCCAGCCGCCAGACUAUGUGUCGCGGCUGACCGAAGACACCGACGACGAGGACGAUUAUGGCGUGCAAGCAACCCCCCCCGUGGGCCGCAAGAAGGGCGUGUACGACAGCCGCAUUGAACAGAUCCUCUACGAAAAUCCUGAGCUCCCGAUUCUGAUUACAGAUGCUGGAAAGAACCAUGAAGGUGGCGGGGGAUAUAUUGUCUACACGAUUAGGACGGGGGACUUGGAGGUGCGUCGUCGUUAUUCGGAAUUCGCUUCUCUACGGCAAACACUAGUCAAUUUGCACCCAACCUUGGUCAUCCCUCCCAUACCAGAGAAACACACAAUGGCCGACUAUGCUGCGAAACCCACGAAAGCAAAGGAGGAUGUCGCUAUCAUCGAGCUCCGAAAGCGGAUGUUGACUGUUUUCUUGAACCGGUGCCGAAAGAUGAAGGACGUUCGAGAGGACGGUGUUUGGUGGCGCUUUUUAGAUCCCAAUGUCAGCUGGAACGAAGUCUUGCACUCCCAUCCAGCAUCGUCUGUGCCGAAGAAUAACCUCAAGGCUCCCCCGCUCGAUCCAGCCAACCCUACGGCUGCCCAUGGCUGGCUUCCCGUGCCAUCGACAUCCGCGAAGCUAAAGUCUACAUCAGGGAAUACUGCCACAGGGACGCCGACUUCACCGUCUGAAUAUUCACAGACACCGUCCACAGCCGCUCAUUCGACGCCUGGAGUGCAGUUCCUCGGGAGGUUUCCUCCAACAUCACGAACCUUGAGUGAACAAGAUCUAGACCCUUAUUUUAUCAACUUUGAAGCAUCUACACGGGAACUGGAGCUACUGCUCCAGGGAAAUAUUGAAAAGGUUAAUCGUCGUACACUGUUACACCUCUCAUCUCUAUCCGCAGAUCUUAUGGAACUUGGUGCUCGCUACAAUGGCUUCUCUCUCUCGGAGCAUAACCCCACAGUUGCUGCAGCGAUCGAGCGCGUAGGCCAGGCUGCAGAUACAUCCUAUAUUGAAACUGAAGAAUUGUCAUCCUCUCUAGGGGCUAACUUUGCCGAGCCUAUGCGGGAAAGUGCCCAGUUUGCUAGUGUUGUUCGUAGUGUUUUGAGGUACAGGGUACUCAAGCGUGUACAGGAAGAAAUGACCCGAGAUGAACUUGCUAAGAAGAAAAGUCUGCUCGAGUCGCUAGAACGCAGUGAGCAAGAAGCGAAACGGAUCGAUCAGUAUCUCAGCCAUGCAAACCCAUCGUCAGCAGCGACGCGGCCGUCUCGAUCAACUUCGGCUUCGUCGGCAACGAGCAGUAGCCAGGGGGAACCCGACGGCGGCCGCGGCUCUGAAGAUACAGCGUCUGUUGACUCUGAUUUCCCACCCACGCAUGGCGAGGUCACACCACACCCGUCUGUCGGCCAGGGCACUCCACAGCGAGAGACAGCCGCCCCUCCAGUUCAUCGCAAGAGUCCGAGUGGUAACUUUGUCGCCAAUCGGAUAUUCGGCCGAAUUAGCCAUGCGGUGCAUGGCUUUGUUGACGUCGACCCUGAGAGGUCCCGGCGGGACCAGAUCGGCAAGACAAAAGAAAGUCUCGUGCAGUUGGAACAAGCACUUCGGGUAUCGGAGAAGGAUGUCAAGGAUGCUAGUGCCGGCGUGCUUCAAGACUUGAAGAGAUUCCAAAAGGAAAAAGAGGAAGAUCUUCGUCGGUAUAUGGUCGCCUACGCGCGGUGCCAUCUAGACUGGGCACGGAAAAAUCUCGAAACAUGGACUGAGGCCCGAGACGAAGUAGACAAGAUAGUUGCACGAUAG